GUGUGUGUGUGUCAGUAUGUGUGUCAAUGUGUGUGUGUGUUAAUGCAGGUGAAUGUGAAUGCAUGUGGAGUCUUGUUCGCCCCGGCAUGCCUUUUAGAGUCUACUCUAUGACGAAGAGAGAGGGGGACGUCAUACAACGAAACAGCCAAUCAGAGGUUAGCUUUUUAGGCUUGUAAAGACUUUAGUGGAAGUGGCAAAAGCCAGCAGUUUAAAAAAUAAUAAUCCAAAAUGCCCUAUACACCGUCCGGCUUCUUCUGUGACCGGCUGAUCCGGGAGAGAGAGAGAAGAGAUGGAGAAGGAUCCCUCAGCAAGCCCCUGCGCUUCAGCGGACAGGACUUCACCACACUGAAACAAGAGUGCCUCACCAAGAAGUGCCUGUUUGAGGAUGACACCUUCCCAGCCUCCGUGGAGUCUCUGGGGUACAAGGAGCUGGGACACAAGUCCAACAAGGUCAAGAACAUCGUCUGGAGGAGACCCAAGGAGAUCUGUGAGAACCCUCAGUUCAUUGUGGGCGGAGCCAGCAGGACAGACAUUUGCCAGGGAGACCUUGGUGACUGCUGGCUGCUGGCUGCUAUAGCCUGUCUGACUCUGAAUGAGAAGCUUCUCUACCGGGUCGUUCCUCAGGAUCAGAGCUACUCCGAGGGCUAUGGAGGAAUCUUCCACUUCCAGUUCUGGCGCUAUGGCGACUGGGUUGACGUUGUCAUUGACGACCGCAUCCCCACCUUCAACAACCAGCUGGUGUUCACCAAGUCUGCUGAAAGGAACGAGUUCUGGAGCGCCCUGCUGGAGAAGGCCUACGCCAAGCUUCACGGUUCCUACGAGGCCCUGAAGGGCGGUAACACUACGGAGGCCAUGGAAGACUUCACCGGGGGCGUGACAGAGUUCUAUGAGAUGAAGGAGGCGCCCAAGGAGCUGUACAAGAUCAUGAAGAAGGCCCUGGAGAGAGGCUCUAUGAUGGGCUGCUCUAUCGACUCCCUGGUUCCUGCUCGAUUUGAGACGCGCACUGUGACUGGCCUUGUGAAGGGCCACGCCUACUCUGUGACUGCCGUUGAGGAGUCCCAGCACAAAGCGUCUAAGGUGCGUCUGGUGCGACUCAGGAACCCCUGGGGUCAGGUGGAGUGGAAUGGGCCCUGGAGUGACAACUCUAAGGAGUGGGUGUCUCUGUCUAAGGGAGAGAAGGACCAGCUCCAGCAUCAGAGUGCUGAGGACGGGGAGUUCUGGAUGUCCUUUGAGGACUUCAAGAAGAACUACACUAAGAUUGAGAUCUGCAACCUGACCCCUGAUGCCCUGGAGGAUGAUAAGAUCCACAAGUGGACGGUGUCUGUGAACGAGGGUCGUUGGGUCAGAGGCUGCUCUGCCGGGGGCUGCAGGAACUACCCAGAUACAUUCUGGACCAACCCUCAGUUCCGCCUGUGUCUCUUGGAGGAGGAUGAUGACUCAGAGGACAACGAGGUGGCGUGUUCCUUCGUGGUCUCUCUGAUGCAGAAGAACAGACGGAAAGAGAGGAAGUUGGGAGCCAAUCUCUUCACCAUCGGAUUUGCCAUCUACGAGGUGCCGAAGGAGAUGCACGGAAACAAGCAGCACAUGCAGAAGGACUUCUUCCUGUUCAACUCAUCCAAGGCUCGCUGCAAGUCCUACAUCAACCUGAGGGAGGUGACCCAGCGCUUCCGUCUGAGCCCCGGGGAGUACGUGAUCAUCCCGUCUACCUACGAGCCUCACCAGGAGGGAGAGUUCAUCCUCAGAGUCUUCUCCGAAAAGAGGAACACCUCAGAGGAGAUAGAGAACAGGAUCGAGGCUGACCAUACAGUGCCGGCCCCAGCCAAUGCGGGGGAGGAGAGUGAGGAGGACCAGCAGUUCCGGAGCCUCUUUCAGCAGAUAGCCGCGGAUGUGAGUACGGAAAUGGAAGUUACCGCCAACGAGCUGAAGAAUGUCCUCAACAGGGUUGUCUCCAAACAUAAGGACCUGAACACAGAGGGUUUUAGCCUGGAGUGCUGCAGGAGCAUGAUUGCACUCGUGGACAUGGACGGGACGGGCAGACUCAGCCUGCAGGAGUUCAGACAUCUCUGGAACAAGAUCAAGCAGUGGCAGGGGAUCUUUAGACACUACAGCUCGGACCAGGCUGGUAUCAUCAACAGCUACGAGAUGAGAAAUGCUAUCAACGAUGCAGGCUUCCGUCUCAACAACCAGCUGUAUGACAUCAUCACCAUGCGUUACGCCAAUGAGGGUAUGAACAUCGACUUUGACAGCUUCAUCAGCUGUCUGGUCCGGCUAGAAGCCAUGUUCAGGGCGUUCCAGGCUUUUGAUCAGGAUGGUACGAUCAGACUUAGUGUCUUGGAGUGGCUCCAGCUGACCAUGUAUGCCUAGAUUGCCAGACAGGUCUUCUCAGCCGGAUGUCCUCCCAGGUCUCAGGCUUCUCUAAUUUCCUCUCCUGACCAUGUCCCAGUACUGCUGAAACAUCAGUCUCUUCUGAAUCGGCCAUUUUUUUUUUUUUAACACACCCCACUCCUUACCAGAUGUACCGUUCUCUCUCUCAGGCAUCAAACACACAUAACCUCUCUUUUUCUGUCUUCAUACCUCACAGAGCCACCACUCCAUAACCCAUUGAAUAUCUCUUAAAAUAUUCAGUUUUAUUUACACUACUCCAACCCU